AGAUAUUGCUGGUGGGACAUUCAAUACAGCCGUUUCCUUCCCACGUGAAGCGGCUCCGUACAUGUGAGAGCAGGCAAACACACGCAGCCUCCAUUUCUCCCAGUUUUUCCAAGACAGACAGGUCACAUUUUCUUAACUUAUGACUGUCGACGCCGACAUCAUGGAGGCCGUAGAGGAAGACGAACAGCUCGAGCAGGAGUCCGAGGAGGAGGAGGAGGACAGCGGCUUAUCCGACGGAGAGCUUCAAGAAGCUUUCGCCAAAGGUUUGCUGAAGCCCGGGAUGAACAUCCUGGUGAAUGAACCCAAAAAACACGUCAACAAUGUGGAGGGUUUGAAACAUUGCCUCGCCAACUUCCGUAAGGGGCUUCCAUGGGUGGAGAGGCUCGACGUGACCAACCCGCCUGCCGCGGACGUUGUUGCCCAGGCCGAGGGGAAGCUCCCCACAGCCGACAACAGAGACGUCAACGCAGAUGAUGAUUUCCAGAGGGAGAUGUUUUUCUACCGUCAAGCCCAAGCCACCGUUCUAGAGGCAUUGCCCCUGCUAAACAAGGCCGGCGUAGCCACCAAGAGGCCUGAGGAUUACUUUGCAGAGAUGGCCAAGUCGGAUCAGCAAAUGCAGAAGAUCAGGAAAAAACUGAUUGCCAAACAGACAAUACUGGAGAAGUCGGAGAAGGCCAAGAAGCUGCGCGAGCAAAGGAAGUUUGGCAAAAAGGUCCAAAUAGAGGUGAUACAGAAGAGACAGAAGGAGAAGAGAGCUAUGAUGACCGCCGUCAAGAAGUACCAGAAAGGAAUGACUGACAAACUGGAUUUCUUGGAAGGAGACCAAAAGACCGCUCAGGGAUCUUCUCAGGCCAACAAGAAGGCACUGAACAAGAAGGGCCCCAACGCGAAGCGAAAAUACAAAGACCAGAAGUUUGGCUUCGGUGGCAAGAAGAGCGGCAAGAAGUGGAACACCAAGGAGAGCCACAAUGACGUGUCCAGUUUCAGGGCCAAGGUGGCUCAUGGGAAAGGUGGGCCAGGAGGGAAGAAAGGCAAAGGAGGAAAACACAAUAAGCGGCCGGGCAAGUCCGUACGCAAGAAGAUGAAGUCUCGCUCCUAAAAACAGACUGAAGCGUCCAGCUGAUGUGGACAGGUCAAGGGGCUGGACUCGCAUCUUGGCAGGAUUUUCUCAAACAUUUUCCAAGUGCCUUCUCACUAAACCUCAGAAGGCUUGUUGGAGAGGACAGGAGAGUUUCUUGUACAUACAGUAUAUCAUCCAGAAAGCCUUUCUGGAGCGCUUUGGAGGACUCUGUUUGCCCUGGACCAGCUAUGGAAAAAGACCCGUCAGGGCUCAAUGCUGAGGAGACGGACUCAAAGGAUGUAGCUGGCUGAGACGUUGCAGAGAUAAGGGUUGACUGCACAGAGGCAACCAGCUAUACUCCCCCAAGGGUUGUGAAAGAAAAAUGAAUUUGCAUGUUAAGAAAUGUUUUUUUUUUUUUUUUGUCUUUGUUAUGGACAUGGAGAAAUGUAUAUUCAGUUUAUGCAGAUUGUUUGUUUUCUCAUGAUUACACAGUCCGGCCACCUAUAUGAGUUAAACUGAAUCUUCUUUGGAGUUUUGUGAAAUCUUUUUUUUUUUUUUUUUUUUUUUUCUAAUUCCACAGCCAGCUCCUUGAUUCUUUCCCAUGUGACGUGACAUUUUAUAAUAUUGAGCAGCUGUCACUUUUGCCCUUUCCCAUUCAUUAAUAUGAUUAGUAUGUGAUGGGGCAAAUGCGCGUUUUAUAGACCUGAGCAAAUGUUUUCUUCUGCAAGCGUUUUUCUUUGUUUACAGAGAUGGAAAUGGAAAAAAGGACAGUUUUCGGCAAUGUCCUUUGCAUCUUGACUCUCUGAACAAAUAAAUCUGAAAAUAGAUGUUCA